ACCCAUGCAGUAACCCACAGUGCAACGGCAAGGUCAACCCCACGGUGCUACUUAUGCAAGCUUUCGCCCCCAUGAUGAGACCAGGCAUGGGCGGAAUGGGCGGAAUGGGAGGAGGCAUGGGUGGAAUGGGCGGAGCUAUGGGCGGAAUGGGUGGAGCUAACCCAUUCUUGUCUAUGAGUGAGUUUAUCUGUUGUAGAUAUGUCAAAUUACAAUUACAUUUUUUGGGUGAUAUGUUUGGCUUGUACAAAGAAAACAUGUAUAAAACAUGAGAAAACUCACACAUUAUGAAUUAUGUACACCAAACAUUUCACCUGAAGGUAACUGGUCCAUGAAAUUAGUUAAAUUCAUGAUAUAUAAAUUCGGUAGAGGUUGAAACCACUGCUACUGUUACAUUAGUAAACUGACUGGUGAUUAUAUUAGUUAAUAUUAGUGAUCUAUAAAUUCAGUAGAAGCCAUCGCUUGUUAUGGAUGUACACUUCUGAAAUAGCACGCGCAGUCAUCACAUUGUACACUUAUGAAAUAGCACGUGCAGUCAUCGUAUUGUUCACUUAUGAAAUAGCACGUGCAGUCAUCGCAUUGACGACUUUUUUAACCCCUUGCUUUCAGUGGGUCAAGGUCAACAGAACCCCUUGUUGGCGGCCAUGUUGCCAGGAUUUAAUGGUAUGAACAAGUCUGCAGGUAACAUAUAGGUGAAUGAGUGUUUGAAUGGUAUUCAAGAGUUAAGGGAACUUAUAGGUGCAUGAGGGCUUAAGGGUAUGAAUGGUAUUCAAGAAUUAAGGGAACUUAUAGGUGAAUGAGUGUAUGAAUGGUAUUCAAGAAUUUAGGUAACUUAUAGGUGAAAGAGUGUAUGAAUGGUAUUCAAAAGUUAAUGUAACCUAUAGGUGCAUGAGUGUAUGAAUGGCAUGCAGAAGUCUAGAGGUAACAUAUCGGUUAAUGAAUUUACGGUGAGGUACGUACGUGUUGCUUGAUGUUCUUGGAGCUGAACGUGUGAAUAAAAAGGUCAGGAAGGUUGGGAGAAUGAUUAAAAAUUCACCACCGAUGUAAGUACAUGAGAUGAUGCGGCGAAUGCUUACAUCUAGCUGCAGAUGUAAGUGCAUGAGAUGAGGGGGCGAAUGCUUACAUCUAGCUGCAGAUGUAAGUGCAUGAGAUGAGGGGGCGAAUGCAUUAUCUGCCAAUGGAAAGUUGAUGUGUGCUUAUUUAGUGUCAGCCACAACAGUAAGAAGCUACUGUCUGAAUCAUAACGCUAUAAAGUUGAUUUUUUUUUAAUGUUCGCAAACAGCCCCUUAAGGAAUUAACCCUAUUCAUUCACAAUCACCAUCUCGUUACAAUCAUAAGAGAGGCGAAGUGGUCCAAAUAGUGACUAAUAUUUUAUCAUACAGAAUCACAAUAAUAGUCAAUACGAACUAGGUCAACACCUCAUGCCAAACACACGAAUGAUUGGCACCAAUAUCAUAUUAAUCUCAAUACUUCCAUUACUAGCAUUUGGAUAAUCUUCUUUACGUCUUAAACUUAAUAAUGUAUCAACACACUAUAGCUUGUCUAAUUUCUUCAAACAAAUUACACGAAUCGACUGUCAUAUUAUUCAACCUCCUUUUCUUGUUCCUUUCUUCGCUCUCCUUGAUUUGCCAGGUUUUCUCAAGUCCCCAUACUCUGUAUAUUACAUAAAAAAAUAACUCUCAUAUUACUUAUCUCCCAUAUAUUCAUAGCUGUGACAAGAGUUAAGACCUAACAUCCGCUAUAAGUUAAUUGAAGACACUUCACCGUGUGAGGUAUUUAGCUCCACAUGUGAGGAAAAAAACCCCCACAGACCUAAAUAUUAAUAUUAACCUGUUUGAUGAGCUUUUAAAUCACGCACGAAAACGUGGUAUAUAAAUAGAAUGUAUGUUUGAAAAUAUGUAUGUUAUGAAGAAAUGAGCGGUAAAAGAAACUGUAAGUUAUGGGGAGUUGUUUUUGAACGAUGUGUUAAGAGUUACUUUGUGUUAUAAAGAAACACGCUUUGAAAAAACGUUUUUGGCUCGAGCGUGUAUUAUAAAAACAUGUGUUAUGGAGAAAUGUUUUUGUACUCUAUAGUCCUUGUUAAUACUAAUAAGAACAGUUUUCAUAUAAAGGAUUUUAUUGCAUGUCCGUUAUAUAUAUAUAACGUCUCAUUAAUAUAAAUAUAUAUUAAUUUGACAUUAUAUCUUCUCUAAAACGUACAGGUACAGCUACACAGCCAGCCAACCCGCCAGCCACACCUGCAGGGUCAACUCCACCGGUCUCACCAAAGCCCGCGGUGCAACCCGCAAUGCCCAACAACUUGGCCCAGAUGAUGCAGAUGUUCCAGAACCCGCAAAUGGCGCAGGUCAGUCAGUACACUGGCGUCAGAAGGAAGGGGUGGAGGGGGAAAUGAGGGGGGGGGAUGCUCCUGUAUAUUGAGUGGCGGCAUUUUCCGGCCAACUGCAGAGUAUUUUCGUGAGGGAGGCGCGGAAAAAAUCUUGUCCCAAACCCGGGGCGCUACUUAGCCUAGCAAGUGUCAUUUGGGUCACUGUAUUGAGUCAGUCACGGGUUUCUCGUGUCUGGUUACAUCGGGAUUAAAGGAGAUUGUUCAGUUCUUGAUGGGAUGACUAGGAUUAAGAUUAAGGUUAUAAUUAAGAAUGAGAUAGAUUUCACGCAAUAUUUAAAAAAAAUAAAAAUAAAGGGAAACUAUCGUGUCUGGUUACAUUUCAUUAAGGCGAAUUAUCAUGUUUCGUUCCAGAUGAUGCAACAAUACAUGCUCAAAACACUCAUGGGUCAGGGCGGAGGUCAUCCCGCGGCAACCCCAGCACCAAAAGCCAACCAGUACCCAAACUUUGGCGGUAGUCAAGGCUUCCCAUUUUGUAAGUUAAGAUUCAACUAAAAAAAAAACCCUAUCUAGAUUAGAGAAAAGAUAGUAAUGACAAACAGAGGUAUAGAGAGAAAGGAGAGAGAUAAAGAGAUGGAGGGAAAGGUAGAGAUGAGAUAGAAAGGGAGAGAGACAGGAUGAGAGAGAGAGAACGUGAGAGAGAACGAGAAGAAGAUAGAGUGAGAGGAAAAGAUAUAGAGAAUAGAGAAAGUGGGAGAUAGAUAGAGAGAGAGAGAGGAGAGAGAGAAAGUGAGAGAGACAGAAGGAGGAGAAAGGGAAAAAGAUAAGUUGAGAGGAGAAGAAAGAAAAAGAGGGAGAUAUUAGGAGAGAGGACGAGAGAGAGAGAGAGAGAAAUAGGAAGAGAGGGGUAUUGAGUCGGAGAGAGGGGAAGAGAGUGGGAGAGAGAGAGUGAGAGAGAGAAGAAGAGAUAGGGAGGAUGAGAGAUGGAGAGAGAAAAGGAAGAAAGAUUUGUUUAAAAAACAUUAUUACCAUUUCAGUUUAAACAAUUUUUCUCUGGAUGCAAGAACGUGACGUCACAGCGGACGCACCAGGCCAGCGACAUUUUACUACAACCUUUCCUCUCCACACUGUUUUUACAUUGCUGUGGCGACAUGUCCAUAGUGACAUCUUUGUGGUGCCAUCUGUAUUUUGACAUAGCUGUGGUGACAUGGACAAAGGGCAAUUCCAACAGCCUGAUGAUCUUGUCAUAAUUAUAACAAUUAAGGGGAGGGGGGCGCCAGUUGUUUAGUUUUUGAGAAAUUUAUUAAAGUAAUAGAACAUAA